GAGAGGAGAGGCCUGGGCAGCUAGCCUGCCUCAGGAAGCGGAUCACGUACGCCGACCUCGCGGACCACCUCAGCGGGAGUGGCGCGCAGACGCUGGCGAACGAGGAGGAGAUCCGCAGCGUCUACGGCAUGAUCGGCGCGGACGCGGACGGCACGGUCUGCGGCUGCCACGGGGGACGAGCGAACUCCGAGAUCCAGGCGUUGCAAUGUUUGUUUCACGUCUCCAGGUGGGCCCUCUUCGACGCCGUGCGGCGCCAUGAGCGAGUCGCGCGGCAGCUCCUCCCCGACGCCGACCCCGCGCGGUCGGAUGAGGACACAUUCGACGAGGUCCAGCGGGCCUUCGAGCAGCUCGGCGAGGGCAGGGCGCGCCUGGCGCUCGCGGACUUCCUGCGGCACCUCGGCAGGCCGGCGCCCGCCGCCUCGCAGGCGGCGGCCAGGCCCGGCCAGGACCGC